AUGUCAUCCGAGAAAGCCGAGGUCCCCAAACCGGCGGAGGCCCAGGACCUUCCCAUCCGACCUGCGAAGCAGCCCAAACCGAAGGCUGCCAAAGUGAGCAAGAACGCGGGGCUCGAGCUUCCGUCGCUUCCCGAGUUUAUUCAGCAUCGGCUAGAUCUAUUCGACAAGAUCAAGGCUCGACAAGACGCCGAGAUUGCUGCGAAGCCUCGUGUGGAAAUCACCAUUUCCCUCCCGAACGGCAAAGAAGAGAAGGGCACGUCAUGGGAGACGACACCGGUGUCCAUCGCCAAGGGCAUCUCCAAGUCCCUGCUCGAGCGCACCGUCAUCUCGAGGGUCGACGGCGAGCUCUGGGAUCUCACCCGACCACUGGAGAAGAGUUGCAAGCUAGAGCUGAUCGAUUUCGAAGACAUUGAGGGAAAGAAGGUGUUCUGGCAUUCGUCAGCUCACAUUCUCGGAGAGGCUUGCGAGCGACGAUUCGGCUGCUUUCUCUGCAAUGGUCCCCCGACGGAGGAUCCGCCAGGUUUCUACUAUGACAUGGCAAACAUGAAUGGCGCUGCUGUCGAUGACGAUGACAAGAAGGCCCUCGACACCCUGUCGGCCUCCAUCAUCAAGGAGAGACAGCCUUUUGAGCGUCUGGAGAUGACCAAGGAUGAGCUCCUCGAGAUGUUCCGAUACAGCAAGUACAAAGAGUAUUUCAUUCAGCAGCGCGUCCCGGAUGGCACGAAGAGCACCGUAUACCGAUGCGGCCCUCUCAUUGAUCUCUGCCGCGGACCGCACGUGCCUCACACCGGAAACAUCAAGGCCUUUUCUGUUCUGAGAAACUCGGCUGCCUACUGGCUCGGCGACAGCAAAAACGAGUCCGUUCAGCGAAUUGCUGGCAUCUCAUUUCCCGACAAGAAGCAGCUUGAGGAAUAUAAAGUCUUCCUCGCCGAGGCGGCCAAGCGCAACCACCGCAAGAUUGGCUUGGACCAGAAGCUCUUCUUCUGGGAUGAGAUGUCUCCCGGUUCGACAUUCUGGCUGCCUCAUGGCACGCGCAUCUACAACUCCCUGAUGGAGCUGAUGAAGGCCGAAUACCACAAGCGUGGCUUCGUCGAGGUCAUGUCCCCCAACAUGUACAAGGCGGAUCUGUGGAAGGUCUCUGGUCACUGGAACCACUACGAGGAGAACAUGUUCACCUUUGAGGUGGAGAAGGAGAAGUUUGGCCUGAAGCCGAUGAACUGUCCGGGCCACUGCAAGAUCUUCGCCCACUCGGACGUCACCUACAAGGAUCUCCCCUGGCGAAUGGCCGAUUUCGGCGUCCUGCACCGCAACGAGUUCUCGGGAGCUCUCACGGGCCUUACCCGCGUGCGCCGAUUCCAGCAGGACGACGCCCACAUCUUCUGCACCAUCGGCCAGAUCCGGCAAGAAAUCGAAGCUUGCUUCGACUUCCUGUACGCCAUCUACGGCCUGUUUGGCUUCCAGUUCAAGCUCAAGCUGUCGACGCGCCCGGAGAAGUACAUUGGCGACAUCGCCCUCUGGGACAUGGCCGAGUCGAAGCUCACGGAUGCGCUGGAUGCCUUCACGAAGAAGAUUGACGCCAAGUGGGAGCUCAACGCGGGCGACGGCGCCUUUUACGGUCCCAAGAUCGACAUCACGGUGUACGACGCCCUGAAGCGCGACCACCAGUGCGGCACGAUCCAGCUCGACUUCAACCUUCCUCACCGGUUCAAGCUGCGCUACGUGGCGGCCAAGGACGACAGCGGCGCCGCCACGACGAACGACGACGCCGACCUGCCCGUGGGCUACGCCAGGCCGGUCAUGAUUCACCGCGCGGUGCUGGGCAGCUUCGAGAGGAUGAUUGGCAUCCUCACGGAGCACUUUGCCGGCAAGUGGCCCUUCUGGCUCAGCCCCCGCCAAGUUCUCGUCGUGCCCGUGAUGCCCGGCGUCAACGGCUACGCGCAAGAGGUGGCCAAGAUGUUCGAGGAGAAGGGCAUCUUUGCGGACGCGGACCUCAGCAGCAACACGUUCCAGAAGAAGAUUCGCACGGGACAGCUCGAGCAGUACAACUUCAUCUUCGUUGUUGGUGCCCAGGAGGCCGAGUCGCGCACCGUCAACAUUCGGAACCGUGACGACCAGAGCACGCAGAGCAAGGGUGAUCUGAUUCCCGUGCAGGAGGCGUUGGAUCAUCUGAUCAGGCUCAAGACGGAGAGGAGACUGGAGAACAAGUUCUAG